AUGCCAAAUGUAUAUUUACCUCAAAUUUUAUGGCAUAGUAAAGAUAACAAAAGAAGUGAUCGAAUUUAUUCUUUAGAUAUUCAACCAUAUCCAAAUUAUUAUAGUGUUAAAAAAUUAAAUAGGAAAUAUGAAUUGUUUAUCAAAUAUUUAAAAGAAAAAGGAAAAAUAGAAUGUAAUAAAUUCGACACUUUAGAAGAAAAACAAAAAAUUAUAAAUGAUUCAACAUUGCCCUCAAAUAAUAAUUAUAAUAAUAGUAGUAAUAAUAAUAAUAAUAAUAAUAAAUAUGAAACAUUAAAAUUAGAUAAAGAACUGAAUCAAGGAAAUGAGGAUAACAUUAUAAAGACGGUAAUUGGGAAUAACACGGAAGUUAGUAAUAAUAACUUAUUAGAUGAUACAAACAAUAAAUUAAACGAAAUAAAAACAAAUACAUCUACGGAAGAUCACCAAGAACACAAUUUAGUAAAUAAAAAAAACGAAACGAAUAGUUCAUCUAAUGACAAUAUUUCACAUAAUAAAACACCAAUGCAAUCAAAUAAAUUACUUACAUCAUUACAAGAUGAUAAAACAAAAAAAAAACCUAUCAAAUUUAAUAUAGCUACAUGUGGUGCUGACGAAUUCGUACAUUUGUGGAGAAUAUUUAUAAAAGAUGAUAUUUCAAUUAAAUGCUUAGGUAGAUUUAUAGGUCAUAGUGGUGAAAUAAAUUGUGUUCGUUUUAACAAAAAUGGUAGAUAUAUAGCAAGUGGGGGAGAAGAUAAAUUUUUAUAUAUAUGGGAAAAAAGUAAAAAACCAAAAAAUAUACCAUUAGGUUAUGAUAUAAGCUUUUUAGAUUAUAAAGAAUGGUGGAAUGUCGUAGGGUCUUUCAGAUGUAGUGGUGUAAUAAAUAGUAUUAUUUGGUCAAACAAUGAUACCUUAUAUGUAGCAAAUGAAGAUAAUAAUAUCAAUAUUAUUGAUUUUGUAAAAAAUACAAACUGUAAAGUACAAGUCUUAGAAGGACAUUCAGGUAUUAUUCAAGGAAUUUCAUUUGACAAUAAUUAUGAAUAUUUAGCAUCUCUUAGUGCUGAUCAAACAUUAAAAAUAUGGAAAAAGAAAAAUGAUGGAAAAUCAUGGAAAUUAGAAAACUCCAUAAAAAAUAUAAGAAGAGAUGAAUUGGAUAAACUUAAUAAUGCAUGCACGACAUGUACUGAAUAUGAUUUUCCUGAUAAAAAUAAUACGGACAAAUACGAAUCCAAUACUUUAAAACAAGAAAAUAAAAAAUUAAUAAAUUAUGAUUUAUUGGAACAAGAAGCAUAUAAAAAAAAAACAAAAAACAAAAAAGAAAAAGCAGAUGAAGACGAAGAAGAAGCAAAUAAUAACGAAGAUGUAGAAGAACAACAAACGGAUGUAGGAGAAGAACAUAUAGAAGGACAUCUCAAUAAUAAUAUAGUGCUUAAUUCAAAUAUUAACAAAAUGAACAACUCCAAUAAUCUCAAAAUGAAUAACUCCAAUACAAUCAAAAUGAACAAUUCUUUUAAUCAAGAAAAUAAUGUUAAACCAUACCAACAAAUACAUACCAAGUUUAUGUCAAAAAAACAUCUAGAAGAUGGAGAAGAAGAACAAGAAGAAGAAGAGGAAGAAAAGAAAUUCAAAAGAAGCCUUUUUUCAAGUGAGGAAAUGCUACCUUCCUUUUUCAGACGUAUUGAUUUUUCUCCAAAUGGGGAAUUUUUAAUAACACCUAGUGGUAUUCAAUUUGAACAAGUGGAAAAAGUUAACGAGAAAAAUAAUAAAACCGAUGAAAAUGCUAAACCAAAUUAUGAAAUUAAAGCUUAUAGCUGCUUUUAUAUAUAUCAUAAAAACUUAUUUUUAAAAUAUAAUAUUCCUUUUUUUACCAUAUUUUCACAAACAAGCCAUUUCUUAGUAGCCAAAUUUAAUUAUAAUACAUUCAAAUUAAGAACAGAACAAAAUAUUCUUAAAAGAUGUUAUGAACAUUUUCUUAAUAACUUAUCUGAUGUAAAUGAUGAAGAUAUAUCAAAUUCAAAUAAAAAAAGAAAAAUAUAUGAUGAUAAUUUAAAAUUAAAUGAGUUAAUGUAUAAUGAAAAACUAAUCAAAUUGAAUUAUGAAAAAACUCUAUUAUAUAAUCAUAUUGAUAUACCUGAUGAUGUAAGUCAAAUUGUUAGUAGUACCAUAUCAGAAAGUGAUGUUGAAUUUAAUGAAGAUAAAGUAUCCUUGAAGGAAUUAUCCGCCGAAAAUUGCUUGAUGAAAAAUACGGAAAGGAAUGAGGAUGGAAAUGAUGAAGACAAUACAGAAGAGAAUGUUGAAGAAAAAAAAGAUGAUAUAAAGGAAGAAAAACAGGAUGAUUUAAAGGAAGAAAAAAAGGAUGAUUCAAAAGAUGAUUCAAAAGAUGAUUCAAAAGAUGAUUCAAAAGAUAAUUCAAAAGAUGAUUCAAAAGGUGAUUCAAAAGAUGAUUCAAAAGGUGAUUCAAAAGAUGAUUCAAAAGAUGAUUCAAAAGAUGAUUCAAAAGAUGAUUCAAAAGAUAAUUCAAAAGAUGAUUCAAAAGAUGAUUCAAAAGGUGAUUCAAAAAAUGAUUCAAAAGAUGAUUCAAAAAAUGAUUCAAAGGAUGACACAAAGGAAGAAUCAAAAAAAGAAAACGAAUUAGAUAUAAAUAACAAAUUGAAUGCAGAUGAAGAAGAAGGGAAAAAUGAUAUCAUGGACAAAUAUAAUGAUAACAAUGAUAAUGUUGAAAUAUUAAAUGAACAAGAUGCUUCAAGUGAACUUAAAGAUAAAAAGGAGGAAAGAUUUAUAUAUACAUUAGGAACGUUUGAUGGAAGUGUAUAUUUUUAUGAUAGUGAGAUUCUUGAUAUACCCAUUAGUAUAGUUAAGAAUAUACAUUUAUGUCCUAUAACAGAUAUAUCUUGGAAUAAUUUAGGUAACGUUUGUGCAUGUUCAAGUUCAGAUGGGUAUGUUAGCUUUUAUCACUUUAAUAAUAAUGAAUUAGGAAAUAUUAAAUCUUAUAAAAAUUACUAUUUGGAUAAAAAAUGCAAUGAUUUAACAUUCGAUCAAAAUUAUUUUAAAAACACUUUUUAUGAUGAAGUAGAGUUUUUAAAUAAAGAUGAAUCUAAUGAUUAUACGUCUAGCGAGGAUGAAUUUGAUGAUCAUAAUUUAAUUCCUCCUAAGGAAGAAACAAAAGUGAAAAGAAUUAAUUUAAUAGUUGGUAAUGCAGCAAAUUUUGUCUUAUCGCAAAAUACUAAGAAAUGA